AGGGAGGGAGGGGCUCCCCAUUGGCCGUGCCGGCGGGGCCGGGCGCGCGCCUCCGCGGGUGCCCCGGUCCCUCUCCAUCCACCAUGGAGGCCUUGCUGAGCAGGUGCCGUGUCCCGGCGCUGGGCGCUCGGCAGCGCGGUGUCAGRGCUCGGCACGGCGGCACCGCGGGCAGGGCCAAGCGCCUGCUGCUCUCGCAGCUCUUCCAGCCCCUGGCUCUGSCCCUGGGUGGGCAGGGGGGCUCCGAGGGCCGGCCCGGGGAGCCCACCUGCCGCAGCCAGCGGCUGAUGCUGCAGGGUGGGCUCAUCCACCCCGCCAGCCCCGGCUGCUACUGCUACCUGCCGCCCGCCGUGCGCGCCAUGGAGAAGCUGAUCAAGGUGAUGGACGAAGAGAUGCAGGCCGUGGGCGGGCAGAAGCUCAACCUGCCCAGCCUGUGCUCGGCGGAGCUGUGGCGCGCCAGCGGCCGCUGGGACCAGAUGGGCCCGGAGCUSUUCCGCCUGGUGGAUCGGCACAACCACAGCUACUGCCUGGGCCCCACGCACGAGGAGGCGGUGACGGCGCUGGUGGCCKCGCACGGCGGCCUGUCCUACAAGCAGCUCCCGCUGCGCCUCUACCAGGUCACCAGGAAGUUCCGUGAUGAGCCCAAGCCCCGCUUCGGUUUGCUGCGCAGCCGCGAGUUCUACAUGAAGGACAUGUACACCUUCGACACGUGUGAGGAGGCGGCUCGGCGCACCUACCAGCAGGUGUGCGAUGCCUACUGCAGCCUCUUCACCCGCCUGYGCCUGCCCUUCGUCAAGGUGCAGGCGGCCACGGGCAGCAUCGGUGGCACCACGUCCCACGAGUUCCAGCUGCCGGCGGACAUCGGCGAGGACAGGCUGCUGCUGUGCCCUCAGGGACAUUUCGCGGCCAACGUGGAGACGCUGAGUGGGGAGCAAACCUCGUGCCCCACGUGCGGGGAGAAACUCACCGAGACCAAAGGCAUCGAGGUGGGGCACACGUUUUACCUGGGCACCAAGUACUCCUCYGUCGCCAACGCCGUCUUCUCCUCCGCCAAGAACAAGCCCCAGCUGGCAGAGAUGGGUUGCUACGGCCUGGGCGUCUCUCGCAUCCUGGCGGCCUCCAUCGAGGUGCUCUCCACCGAGGACAGCAUCCGCUGGCCGAGCCUCAUCGCKCCCUACCAGCUCUGCUUCAUCCCCCCCAAGAGAGGCAGCAAGGAGGAGGAGGAGGGAGCGGCGCUGCUGGAGCGGCUGUACGAUGACCUGGCCGAAGCACUGCCCCACCUUGCUGGCGACUCGGUGCUGGACGACCGGACCCAGCUGACCAUCGGCAAAAGGCUGAAGGAUGCCAAUAAGYUGGGUUAUCCCUACGUGGUCGUGGCCGGGAAGAGGGUUUGUGAGGACCCCCCGGUUUUUGAGGUUUGGGAUCAGAAUGCCGGCGAGGUUUUGUUCCUCACCAAGGAAGGGGUCAUUGAGUUGUUGAGUAAAGUGCAAGUCCCUUAAAUGCCUCAUCUCUGAAUCUCUUACCUCUGCUGCACUGAGUUUAUCUGAACUGUGUUUGGUGACUGGGAAGGAGAGUUC